UGUAUCGGCGAGGGGAGCGCUCCGCAUGCGCAGAGGGCGUUUCCCGCCGUGGCCCUCCGUUUCCCGCUGCGCCGGCAGCCAUUGGCCGCUCGGGGUGAGCGUCAGAGGUGACGCAGCGGGAGGAGGCAGUCGUUGCCGGCGACGGCGGCCCGGAGGGCCAAAAGUUGAUUAUUCAGCGUUUCCAAAGAUGAAGAGGAAAGUUGCAAAAGUUGGGAAAUUGAGGCUUAGUCCUAAUGAAGAAACCAUGCUUUUGAAAGAAGAAUAUGAAAGAAGAAGAAAACUGAGGCUACAGCAAGUUAGAGAGCAACAGAAGUAUAUCGCCUUGCAGAUAAGACAGAAAGUAAAGCAGAGGAGAGAACAACAACUACAUCAGUUAGAGGAGGCACUGAGAGCUGAAUGGCAGAAAGCACAGGAUCAAAAGAUGAAAGCCUUAGAAAAACUGUAUUUAUCAAGCUUAAGAGCGAUUGGUGAGGGUCACCGACAAGCCAAGGAGAACGAACCUGACUUAGAAGCUCUGGCAAAGCAAGCAGAGGAAAGGAAACAAAGAGCAGAGAAGAGACAUAGGAAAGCCCUGAAAGAACAGAAGUACCAAAAAGAAAAAUUACUUCAUGAGCAAGCCCGACGAACAAAUGCACGUAAACAUGCUCUGGAAGUGGAAAGACAAAGAGCAGCCAAAGUUGCAAGCCUGCCACCUCCUCCGCCACGUCCGCUUGAGAAUUUUGAAGUGAAAAAGACUCCUGCAGUGAAGCCCUAUAGUGCUGACAACUUUUCUGUUACACGUUAUCAUAUUUCUGAGCCUUACGUGGACAGAGAAGUGGAUGGAGAGCAGCCAGAUGCUCGGUUAGCUGCUGAAGAAGAAGGGAAACGUUUGGAGGAACUACACAGAGAGGCAGAGAGGGAGAGAAGAGAGCAGCUUGAAAAGGCGCAUCUCAGAGGAAGUCAUGCCUUGAAGAAGGUGCAUUUGGCUCAGGACAGGGAAAGGCUACUGAAAGAACUUGAGCAAAUGCAGAAUGUGGAUCGGAUGCAUAGAAGACAGAUUGUAGCGCAGAUGCCACCUCAACUUUUUGUGCCUGCAUACAAACGCAGGGAAAUAAAAGAAGAAUGGCAGAGAGAAUUGGAGUUUGCAUUUGAAGAUAUGUACAGUGAAGACAGGAAAAUGAAAGGAGACCUGAUUUUGCAGUUUGAGCCACAACCUUUGCCACCCCCUUCUGAUAGAUCUCAAGAUAAUGAUCUUGAUAUCUCUUUGGAGCAAGAAUCUGCUUGUAACACUCAACCAGAAUCUGCUUGUGAUACUCGAGAAGAAUUGGGACAGAUGAUAGAAGAGGAGGUCCCCAAUGAAUCAGAAAAUCUUGAAGAAGCUAAAACUCACCAACCUCAGUCAAAACUUGCCUUAAAGAAAUUGCUGAACAAGAUUAGAAGCCAAAAAGAGGAGUGGACAUCAAAAAGUGAGAAAGAGAUUCAAAGUGAAAUUGAGACUAUUGAAUCAGGCACAAUUGCUAGCGAAGAGAGACAAUUAUGUGAUUUAGAACUUAACUAUGAGCAACAGAAAAAUACAGUGUGUGAAGCCAAAGACUCUGUGAAAAUGCUGGAAAAUACAGUUGCAGCUGAAAAUUCAAUUCUAAUCCAUCCUCAAGAACAAGCAGCUAAAAUUAGAAUGGAAGAGGAGAGACAAAAGCAGAAUGAGCAAAUAGAGCAACAGAAACAGGAACAGCUGGCCUUACUUAAACAAAUUGAAGAAGAGAGAGCACGUUUGGAAGCUGAUUUUCUGAAGAUCCAAAUGCAAACCUGUUUGGAGGAGGCUAAGAAAAAAAAAGAGGAGGAAGGGCAAAGUCAGCUGGUACAAAGCCACAGUGUUCCUUCUACAGAUCAGCAGAACAAAGUGGAACAUGAGACUGGAAAUACUACUGUAUCAGAAACCAGGAGUCCUAGAAAAGACAGCCAUUUACAGAUGAUUCGUAAUUACCAACAACGCCUUCUGCAGCAAAAUAGGCUGCACAAACACUCCAUUGAAGAAGCUAGAAAGCGUAUACAGGAGUAUCAGAAUAAGUUGAAGCAAAGAUACUUGUCUACUUCUGCAACAUCUUCAAGCAUGGUGGAAUCAAAAUCAAUUAAUUUAAAGCCUGUCUUAGAACCACUUCUACAGAGGCAAGGAGUGCAACCAACACAAUACCAGUCAUCUGAACAGGUUCAUGCACAAGAGUAUGCACGGUCGCUACCUGUGUUUUCAGGAACAUUGCAUAUAUUGGAAAAACCAUCUUCACAGAAACAUGAAGAGCAAAUGCAUAACGUUUGUCCUGGCAGACACGUGCAGUUUUUAGAAGCAUCAAAAUUGAAGCAUGGAGAGUUUUGCUUGCCGUGUGGCGGUCCUUCACAGGAACAAGUGGGAAUAUUGGAAACCUCCAAUAACCACAUCAGAGAACCAUCUCAGUUCCAGUUACCAUCAGGGUUAGUCACGAAAGACGUCACUGCAGUAAGAAUGCAACCAGAAGCACGCGUACAACACGUUAGAUUUGUUUUGCCUGCGGAAGGUUCCUCUGAGCCUUCAGAAACAGUGCACUUUAAAGAGUCAUCUCAGAAGAUGUCUAACCAUCAAACAGAGACAGAAGCCGGAGAAGACCCUCCACUUAAGACACCCCUUAUGCCAGCAACAAGGGGAUCUCGUAUACUUCAGGUAGCCUCAGUUGAUUCUUUGGCGUAUCAGCAGGGAUCUGCAGAGAGCACCAUCAAAACAAGCCUUGAACGACUCCUCAAUCUUUCUGAACCCAUGACUUCAUCUCAUGAAGAAUCUAAAGCCCAGGGUGUUGAGGAAUUCUUGAUAUCAAAACCAGGAGAGGCAUCUUUGUUAAAUUAUUCUGGUAUACUGAAUUUAAGGGACAGAGUGUUGGCCUCAUCAGAAAGCAUCCAAGCUCAGCAAAAGUAUUUGAAAGAAUUGCAAGAGCAGCUAGAUGCACAAAGAGAAGCUCUUCUUUCUAGACAGAAAAUACAAGAACAACUACUUUUACAGAAGCAAGAUAAAUUGAAGGAACAGAUGCAGAGACAGCAAGAGGCUUUGAAAGAAUUUCUGAACAAGCAGGUGAGACGUAUGUGCACAAAUGAAGAAAUGACGAAGGCACAAAAGCCUGACUGGAUUAAUAGGACUGACUUUUUCCAAGUCUCAGAAGACUACCAGCCAGAGAAUUGUGGCAGGAGUAAAUUUCAUGGAAGUGAAAUGAUUUCACAGUGCAUCAGUCCAGCUGAGCAAACUGAACAGUCUGAGAAAGUUCUAUGUAGAGAACAGAAAUGGAAAUCUUCCAAACCACCAGUGGCAAAAGUCAAGUUAGGGCUUGAUUUGGAACAACACGAACUUAGUGUUAUACUGGAGGUAGACACGCCGAAGAGUUGCAACAUUUCUUUUGCAGAACAUGUUUGCAAUUUUCCCAUGUUUUCAAGACGUAAUUGUAUCUCUAAAGCCCAGUCCCAGGAUUUUCAAGUGGCUCAAGAUUCACCAGUUCUUGCUGCUGAAGUUGGAGAGGGAAUUACAACACAUUCUGGACCAUCAUUCAGACUUGAUAAUACGGAAGUACUUUCUAAAGUAGUAUCCACAAACUUAGGUUCAGAGGCUUUCACGCAAAGAAUACCCUGUGACUUAUCUUCAACAAUUUCCACUGGAAGCUUUUUGACUAGUGAAACAUUGGAUGGAAGCCCUGUUGACACUGGAUUGUCUUCUGAUAGUACGGAAGAUCAAAUUUUGAGAGAAACAGCAAGCCACCCUUGGAACUCCUUGCUGCCUUUUACCUUGCAGCAGAGGCAAAAGAAUUUGUCUGGAGCAUCUGAAACUCAGUUGCCUGAAGGAGAGAUGUACCUUUGUGAAGAAAGUCAGGUACAGCAGAUCUUGGGGAAAUGUACUGGAGACUUGAACUCUUACUCAGAGGACAAUACACAUUUCCAAGCUCUAGCAGCUGAACUUGAUUUUCCUGAAAUGGAGAGACCUUUUCUGAACUUCCAUCACCAGCCCUUUCAGCCUUUGGAACCAAGUCUUGACUCUGAUAUUUCAUCAUCCUGUUCUCAAUACAGAAUUUCACAAGACAGUAGAGAAUUUAGCAAGACUUCAAAAUUUUCAACAAAAAGUCAAGACACGUCUACAUUUCUAGAAGUGGGAAACUCCAGUUUGAGUAUACAAAGCAGCAAUCUGCCUUCUAGUCUUGAAACAAAUGGGCCAAACAACAUUACAUCAGAAGAAGAGGCUGUUAAAGAAAACGUUACUCCAGGAUCUGAAGAAUCUUUUCACCCACUGCAAUUAGAAUCUACUCUGAGCGAUCCCUGUCAGAGCGCUGAUCAGCCAGUGGACCUUAACACUAUGUUACAGAGAUCUUUUGAACAAACCCCUGGAAUUAAAAAAUGGGGUGAUAACUGUAUUUCAUCUGCCAGAGAAUACGAAGAACUGGCAAGAAAUAUGGAAUGUAUUAAUCUCCAGUGUUCAGUGGAAGAUCUGCGAAAUGAAGGUCUGAAUCCACUGGAAGAGCAAAAAUCAUUUUAUCAGCUAAAUAAGACACCAGUUACAGUAGAUGAAACUUGCCCUCAGAACUUACUAAAAGAGACUGUGUCUUCUGAAAAGUUACCUGUGGAGGCAUUUGAUAAGAAGUAUGUGAAGCUUCCUGAAAAAUCAGUUCAUGUACAUGAAGCAAAUAAAGCUGUGGACUUGGAUUCGCAGUGCAAUACAAGUAUAAAGGAGCCAGAUCGAGGCUUUCCAGAAGUACAAAAAUCUUCAAUGGUUCCCAGACAAACCAGCUUGGAAGACUCAGACAUCCAUUUACAGGCUGUUGUACAGCAGAACGGUUCCUUCCUGGAAAGACAUGAAAAACAUUCUAAUUCUGUGCCCAGAAGCUCAUGUGGUAUUCCAGUCUGGGAGACUGAGUCAGGGCGUGGUAUUAUGGAAGAACCUGAACUCACUCUGGUAAGCUCAAAUGACAUCAGUAUUGCAGAAUCAGACGUUGAACAUACUAACCAAGAGAAAAUUAAGGAGGAUAAAAUCAAAAACCUAGCAUGUGUGGAUCAGCGUGAAUUUAAUGUUUCUACUGAGGAGAGAGAAUUUUUACCGCUAUCUCCAGAUGCAGAUUAUUCAGUGUUUGUAAGGCCUGACAGCUCUUCCAAAGCCCGGAGUGCCAAUGACAGUCACUUUCCAUCACAUCAGACUGCAGUGAUGCUGCUCGAGUUUGCAGCUACACCUGGAAGUUUGCAAGAAUCUUUUUUAAAAAGAAAGAAGAACUUCAUCCAGAAAUCUCUGAAAAGAGUAGAAGAAAUGAAAAAUAAAGAGAGAGAAAAUGAAAAGCCAGAAACCAGACAGUUUCAAAGAGGAAAGUCUGAGAAGUUAAGCAGGCAAAAGGAGUCUUUUCUUAUCUCUGGAAAAAAAGGUGCAGUUGCCAAUCAGUUGAAGAAAGUAGGAGAGGUGAAAGUGUCUUCUCCAGAGGACAGGAAGUCAGGAGAAGUUGAAAUGCACCAGCGGACUUCAAGACUUUAUAAUCAACUUGCAGAAGUAAAAAUCAGAAAGGAAGAAAAAACAAGGCAAGAAACUUAUGCUAAAAACAGAGAAAAGGCUAAAGAGUUUCAAAAGAAAAUGCUAGAAAAACUACGUGCCAAGAAGACUUGGAAAGCACUUUGACUGCAGAAGACUGAUGAAGAAGGAACACUACUAUAUUGGUACAAUCCAAGAGACCACUGAAUAAUGCAGACUUCAUUAAGUUAAUUGCAGAGCCAUUAGGAAUCCUCACCUUUAAGCUGCAGGAAAACCAUAAGUAAACAAAAUCUGUGUAGUACCCUCAUGUUUUACUGAGAUCACUACAGAAGCAGAUUAACUACUGCUUUAAACGUGGUUUGCCUCAGAUUAAGUAAACUGACAUUGUGAAAAGCCUUUCUUCAUGUGCGUUAGCAUUUUAAAGGGAGAUCAUACUAACUUUUGUAAAGUAUGUGUAUAAACCAUUUUCAAAUAAAGGUUUGGUUUUUUUUUUUU